UUUCCUCUUACAUUUUUCUUCUUCUCUUUCGCAAUUAUCUUUAUAGUGGCCUCAAGGGAUGUUUUCGCUAGCAGUAGUAGUAGCAGCAGCGGCAGUAGUAGUGGGAGCAGUAGUACUGGCAGUGGCAGCAGCAGCAGCAGUAGUAGCAGUAGCGGUAGCAGCAGUGGGAGUUCGUCAUCUUCAUCAUCAUCAUCAUCAUCGUCAUCGUCGUCGUCGACAUCAUCGACACAAAUUAAACUGCCUGUAUUGGUAUUCGUUCAUGGAGAAUCUUAUGAAUGGAAUAGUGGUAAUCCUUACGAUGGUUCUGUCCUGGCCAGUUUUGGUCAGUUGUUGGUGAUAACUAUCAAUUAUCGUUUGGGUUUAUUAGGUUUCCUCAAUGCCAAUACGGAUCGUUAUUCGAAAUUGCCAGCAAAUUAUGGUUUAAUGGAUAUUAUAGCUGCCUUGCAUUGGCUUAAAGAGAAUAUAGCCGCCUUCGGUGGUGAUCCGCAAAGUAUAACAUUAGCCGGUCAUGGUACUGGUGCUGCAUGUGUUCAUUUUCUUAUCUCUUCAAUGGCGGUACCAGAAGGGUUGCUUUUCAAUCGUGCAAUAUUAAUGUCUGGUUCGGGUCUGGCGCCUUGGUCAUUGGUUAGUAAUCCAGCGAAAUAUGCUGCCAUUGUGGCUCAUCAUGUUCAAUGUGCUCCUGACUUGCCACACGCUCAUUUUAUGAAAUGUUUACGUGAAAAACCACUGGAACAAUUGUUAAGUGUACCUAUACGUCAACCGGAAUUUGGUUUUGCUUUUGGUCCCAGUAUAGAUGGUGUUGUUAUUGAUGGAGGCGAUUAUGUGCCACCACCGCCAGGUAGUAUGCAUGCCUAUUCCCAAGCAGCAGCAAUGGGUGCAAAUGGUUUGGGCGGUGAAGCAGGUAUUGCAGCAAUUGGUGGUUGGGGUACACCCGGCCAAUUGGAAAAUAAAGUUUUAAUGAGAAAAAGUGCCAUUAAUAAAUUAUCCAGAUAUGAUUUAAUGGCUGGCGUAACACGCGCUGAAGCGUUUUUCUCAUUUAAUUCCGGUGAUGUGCAAUAUGGCAUCGAAGCUGAUCGACGCUCGAAAAUCCUUAAGGCAUACGUGCGUAACACAUACACGUAUCAUUUGAAUGAAAUAUUUGCCACAAUCGUUAACGAGUAUACAGAUUGGGAGAGGCCUGUACAACAUCCAAUUAAUAUCAGAGACGAAACUUUAGAAGCCUUGAGUGAUGCACAAGUUGUAGCACCAGCAGCUCAAACUGUUGAUUUACAUUCGGCUGAUCAUCGUAAUUCUUAUUUAUAUGUAUUCGAUUAUCAAACAAGAUACGGAGAUUAUCCACAACGUCAAGGUUGCAUACACGGAGAGGACUUGCCGUAUAUAUUUGGUGCUCCAUUGGUCGGUGGUUUCAAUCAUUUUACUCGUAAUUUUACUAAAACCGAAAUAAGUUUAUCGGAGAUUGUGAUGCUUUAUUGGUCGAAUUUCAUAAGAACCGGCAAUCCUAACGAACAAAUGGAAAGUGAUCAUGGGAGUCGUCAAGAACGCAGCCGCUAUAAAACUAUAGAAUGGACCGCUUAUGAAAGUGUUCAUAAGAAGUAUUUAAACUUUGAUACUAAACCUAAAUUGAAAAAUCAUUAUCGCGCUCAUCGUUUAUCAUUUUGGCUGAAUCUUAUACCUGAUCUACAUAAACCGGGUGGAGAUAAUGUACCAGCUUUGCAUCAUCAAUUGCCUGAUGAUAGAGAUAAUGGUGAUGUCAUUGAUAUGGAUAAUCGGAUAGUAUCGGGAGAUGCGUCGAUUAAACCGCUUAAUCCUCCUUAUGCGCCCGGCACGGCCAAUGCAGCACUUGGUAAUUUUAGCAUAUUUACCAAUCAGGUUUUCUCUUUGCUUAAUCUCAGUUCACCCUCCUCAUCACUGCAACGCAAUGGCACCCGUUAUACAGCCGGUGGAGGGGGAAAACAUUAUCCGGACGAUAUAAUAGAUGCUGAUGGUCAUGCGGGAGCUGGUGCUAGCACAUCACAGGAUAACGAUGGUUUCGCUGCUUACUCAACAGCCUUAAGCGUAACUAUAGCCAUUGGAUGCAGUUUAUUAAUAUUAAAUGUUUUAAUAUUUGCUGGAGUUUAUUAUCAACGCGAUAAGACCCGUUUGAGUGAGCCACGAUCGCAGACAAAACUGAAACGUCAAGAAAAUGGACAAAUGCCAAAUAAUAUCUGCGGUGAUCUAGAAACUUUGACAAUACACACGAAAAGCGAUCCCGCUACCAUACUAUCGCAUCAUCAUGCUUUACAGCAUCAUCAGCUGCCGCCGCCCGAAUUCGCCGACAUACCCCAUCGAGCACCGCCUCCGCCCAAGCACUUAAAAAGCUUACAAGAUCCAGGAGGGGGCGGCGUAGCCGGUGUGGGUAGCGGUAGUUCAAAUACCGGCGGUAAUGUUAUGGGUUUGUUACCACCUCCUCAUGCCUUGCAGGUUAUGGGAAAUCAAUGCGGAACGCUAACGAAAAAAAGUUGCAUGAAACAAAGCUCGCAGCAGCAAUCAACUACACAACAGCAUAUUGUAACGCAUCAGCAACACUUGCAAAAUCCUCACAAUCAAACUAUGACCACCACAUUAAGUAGCGCUACGGGUUUAAUGUUAGGCGGAGGGAUAAGUGGUCAACAGCCUCCUCCCCCGCCGCCGCCUAAUAGCACGCAAACUUUACAAACGCAAACUAGCCAUCAGCAGCAACAUAUACACCAGCAACAGCAACAACAGCAGCCGCAACCACAACAGCAAACAAGUCAACAUCAACCACACCCCUUAAUGGAUGAGCUGCGUGUGUGACAUUAAUUAACCGUGCGUUUCAAGUGUGAUCUCUAGCGAUGACAAAACUAACAUUGUACACUUUCAUAUAUAAUACAAUAUCAUUAGAGAUCGUAUUCGUGGGGCGUGCGUUAUGUAUUUAAAACUUAAAGAGUUUUUGCAUUUUCUUUUCUUUUUCUUUUGAGUUUCGAAUGUUUUCAAAAAUCUUGUUCGACUCCUUGUUAAGUUUCUAUAGAUCUAUAGUUCUUGCAAAAAAAAAAAAAAAAAAAAA